AUGUCUUCUUCAUCACCAUUAAGUUUUAUAUCUUCUACUAACUCUGAUAACAUAUCAGUUUCGAAGUCUUCAUCAACUACCUUAUAUUCAACAAGUUUUCCAUUAAUUUAUGAUCUUUUAUUAACAACAACAUUACCACCAACAACUUAUACAUCUCCAACAUUUUUUAAACCAUUAACAGAAAAUAAAACUUUAGCAGCAGAUAUAUUAUCUCCUACAACAUUUCCAUCUACGAUAUUUACACCACCAUUAAUUCAUGAAUCUUUGUCAAGUUCUGAAUCCAAAUCAAUUUCUGAAUCUACAAUAAGUAAUAUUUAUCAAAUAAUAGCAUCAGUUACAACACCAUCUCCAUCUUUAUUGACAACAAAUGUCACUAAUACUAAUUCAAGUAUAUUAACCACAAUUGGAACUACAACAAAGUCAUCUCCUUAUCGUCGUCAUCCUCGUUAUCGUCGUCAUCCUCGUUAUCGUCGUUAUCGUUGGCAUUAUCAACCUUCUUGCCACGAGUUGUAUCAAUAUCAUGGAAGAUAUCGUCAUAGACUACCUUUUCAUAUGAAAAGACAUCGUAGAGAAAAAUGGAAUUCUGACAGUGCUGCUUCUGAGGAAUUUAACAGAAGAUUUCAUAAAAAAAGAAAUUUUUGA